CGCCGCUGCGGCCGCCCGGCUCCCCUCUGCUCCGAUCCGCUCCGCCCGGCCCGGCUCCGGCUCCGCUCCCCGCCGCCCCGCUCCGGCUCCGCUCCGCCGCGCCGCGGCAGCCGCCGCGGGCAGGAGGUCGGGAGGCGGCGGCGGGCGCUGCCAUGCGGGCGGGCGGCGCCGGGGCGCGGGGCGGCUGAGGGCGGCGGCGGCUGGCGGCGGCAGCGGCGGCUCGUAGCGCCUGGUCCCGCCCGCGGGAGCCGCCGGGCCGGCGGGGAGCGGCGCGCAGGGCAUGCCAUCCGCCUCGCCCCGAUGUUUCACUGGGGCAAGUGGAAGAAGAGGAUGGGAGCGAGCGCCUCCUCCUCCAAGAGACCCGUCUUCGACGAGCGGGAGGACGUGAACUUUGACCACUUCCAGAUUCUCCGGGCGAUUGGGAAGGGAAGCUUUGGCAAGGUGUGUAUUGUGCAGAAGAGAGACACUGAGAAGAUGUAUGCCAUGAAGUACAUGAACAAACAGCAGUGCAUCGAAAGAGACGAGGUUCGCAAUGUGUUCAGAGAGCUGGAAAUCCUGCAGGAAAUCGAGCACGUGUUCCUGGUGAAUCUCUGGUACUCCUUCCAGGACGAGGAGGACAUGUUCAUGGUGGUGGACUUGCUUCUUGGUGGCGACCUGCGCUAUCAUCUGCAGCAAAACGUUCAGUUUACGGAAGAAACGGUCAAACUCUACAUCUGUGAGAUGGCGCUGGCUCUCGACUACCUACGAAGUCAGCAUAUUAUCCACAGAGAUGUAAAACCAGACAACAUCCUCCUCGAUGAGCAAGGUCAUGCACAUUUAACAGAUUUUAAUAUUGCAACAAUAAUUAGGGACGGUGAAAGAGCAACUGCAUUAGCUGGAACAAAGCCAUACAUGGCCCCAGAGAUUUUCCAUUCCUUCCUGAACGGCGGGACGGGCUACUCCUUCGAGGUUGAUUGGUGGUCGCUGGGAAUCAUGGCUUACGAACUGCUGCGGGGCUGGAGACCAUAUGACAUCCACUCCAACAACCCCGUGGAGUCUUUAGUUCAGCUCUUCAGUACUGUGAGCGUUCAGUACUCGUCUGCGUGGUCAAAAGAAAUCGUUGCUCUGUUAAGAAAGCUGCUGACAGUGAAUCCCGAGCAUCGCUUUUCCUGCCUGGCCGAUGUUCAGGCCUCAGCAUACUUGUCCGGUGUGGUCUGGAGCGACGUCUGCGAGAAGCGAGUGGAGCCGGGCUUCGUCCCCAAUAAGGGCCGCCUGCACUGCGACCCCACCUUCGAGCUGGAGGAGAUGAUUCUGGAGUCGAGGCCCUUGCACAAGAAGAAGAAGAGGCUUGCGAAGAACAAGUCGAGGGAUAACAGCAAAGACAGCUCACAGUCUGAAAAUGACUAUCUCCAAGAAUGCCUUGAAGCUAUCCAGCAAGACUUUGUCAUCUUUAACAGAGAGAAGCUAAAGAAGAGCCAAGAGCAGACAAGUGAGUCCAUGUCCCCCCCCGAGACCACCGACGAAGCCGAGACGGAGGCCGAGUCUGAGACCUCCAAUUUGAACAUGUGCAGCUCCGUCUGCUCCUCUGCGGGCAGCAGCUAGGCUGCAGCCGCUGGGCGAGGGUCGCCGGCCCGCGCCGCGCCGAUAACCCGUUCUCAGGUUGCGCUGAGCACCACAGGCUGUCCUCCGAUACCACCGGAGAGCACCAACAACUAGUCUUGCAAAGCUGUAGCAAAAGAGAUAGUUCUUACAGAACUGCAUUCCUGGAUUUAACGGAUCGCCAGUUCGGCACACUGGUUGCCUGUCAUGGGUAAAGAUACUUGCUAUGCAACUUGUCAGAGGAGGUAGAUCAACUUCUUUACUUGUUCUUUUUUAAUGUCAGAUUGCUGAUCUGCACAUGUUUUUAAUACAGUAAGAUGACAAGAAAAGAAGUUACGUCCUUGGGUACAACAAGGAAAGACAUCGAGCGGGUGUGGCGAGGGAGGAGGGCUGAAUAGGUGGUUUAAAUUUUACUUCGGCGUUCCCUGUUCGUAAAGGCUGCUGUAGGGACAAGCAAUCCCCCGUGCAAAUCGGAGCAGCCCUGGGGCCUCUCUGGGCUGUGACGGGCGGCACCAGCCUCCUGGGAGCCUCGAGCUGAUCGGGUCCUGCCGCAUAAGGACAUCCCAGGCACGUCCUUGUCCUCUCGUCACCUGUCAGAGUGUCUUUCCCAACUUGGGGCAAAUAAAUGUUUUUUUCUGCACUCCAUGAAUUCUUCUGGGGCUGGGUAAUGAUUAAAUAUGUACUUGAGAUGCAGAAUGUAUUUGAAAUAUUUGCUUUCUUCACAUAGCUGCUGCUAUGAGUGGCGAGGAGCUGUGCAAACGGGCUGGAGGGUUUGGUUCUGUUUGUCCGGGUUCGGAGGGUGCAGUUUAUCACAGGUUCAGAUUUUAUUGGAGGCGAAGUGGGUGACCUUGCAAUGCUGCUCGGUUAUGAAAGGGGAAUAUCUUAUUCCACCCUUCGAUUUACUUUAUUUUCGGUGUAAAGUAAAAGUACUGUAUAUAAUUUACCAAUACCUGUUUUAACUUCUUAAUAAGACGGGAGAUCUCCUUAACUUGUUCCAGCUGUGGAUAUUGCCUUUCUUGUUUCAGAAGCCUUCACUAUAUUAAUUGCUUAAUCUGCUGUAGAGUGGCUUUUGGUUACUAUUGCUGAAAAUGAGCCAUGGGUUCUGCUGCAAUGUACGGCUAUUGUGGUACACAGGGGUUUCGUUAGGACUGCAUUCACUUUCAAACUAUCAACAUCUGUUUGCUGCCAGACAUAAGGAGGUUGCAGUGUUUGCAUCCUUACUGUAUAUUUGUAAUGCAAAAAUGGAUAGAAAAUGUUUUUAACAGAUGCAGAUUCUUUCAGGACAAAUUUUUUGUGUUUUUCAUUUCUGCGAAUAAAAUAGAAAGGCCUAACUGGUACGAAACAAUUUUAUAUGAAAAAAGACACGACGCAUUUAUUUUCCACAGUUUUAUGUGGAAAUCAGUACGUGGCCAAAAUUGCGCAGAACGGAAUUUCCAUAGAAGUCUUCAAAAGAAGCGUUCAGGUAUGCAGGCACAACUUGUACAGGGGAGGGAAGCCGAAGCUCUGAUACCAGUUGCACAGUUAUUUUCAGGACAGAGCCAGGUGAACACUGUCAGACACGGCAGCUCUCGCCGGGGUGCUGAGCACCCGGCCCCCGUGCCGUGCCCGCUGAGGGACCAGGGUCACACCACGAGGCCCCGGCGUCGGCCGUGGGUCCUUGCACCGUCACGGCCCGCGCCCCGUUAGGAGCUGCCUUAGUGCCGGGCUGCAGGGGAGCUGCCGGCGUUCAGCGAGCCAGGUCUGAAAUAAACGCUUUCCCCUGCUCCGUUUCCCCAGCUGCAGGAGGGUCCUACCCCAGCUCUGAGCCCGGGCUGUGCUGGAGGGACCUGCCCUCUCUGCCCCCAGUAACCUCCAGUCUGAUCACUGGGAGCCGGGGUGACCCAAUUACCCUAAUCCCCUUCUCCCGCGUGCGUGCGUGCGGAUGGGCCGCCCUCUCUGGCCGCGUUUGCUGCCGGUGAGCAGACCCCGCUCUCUGCGCGGGCAGCCGGCUCCUCGCCCCCGUGCUCUCUGCGCACACCCCGUGUCCCCGUCCCACGUCCCAGCACAGCGCGGUGCGCCUUGGCUGCCGGCUCCACCGCCUGCCUUGGCGAGCUCGGCUCGCACCGUGCGGGAAUGGUGCCUGUUGGCAACGGCCACUAGCGAUGGCCAGGGUACUUUGCAACGUAGUAGUAACGCUUGAGAUGAAAGUCACAAAACCACACCAAGACCGGCUCUGAUUUGCUUCUGAUCAGAGCAGUCGGAUAACCCUGCUGCCGCGAGGGGCUGGAAACCCACCGCUUGGCCCGCCAGGACUCAGGUGGGGCAAGAGAAGCAGAACGAGGGUCAAAACCAGGUGUUUAUUCAGGAGUUAUAAAUUACAGAUGAUUUACUCCACCGGUAUGGGUACGUUUUUUCAGUAAACUCCAUUGCACUAUUUAUCAUCUUUCUGUAAAUAAUGACAACAGUUUGGACUAUCAAUCAGGACGACAAGGAGCCUAACUUAUUUUUUGACCAAACCAUUCCGUAUGUGAGAGAUGCAGAUAGAUCCUGUUCAACCAGAAGCUCUCGGGCCAGGAGAGGAGUUGGCAGUUUGGUAGGACAUGUCUAGUCAGACGUUUUCAUCACUUUCUUUAGGACAAGUGACAAACGGCCCUUGAGGUCGAGGUUGGUGUGUGUAGGGAGGAGCUGGCUCACUUCUGAAAUGGAUGUUUCUCACCCCAAACGCUCUCCGUGUCAGUCAUUUAUGUUCCCUUUUCAGCACCGCUCUUACUGGGUAAAUUGUGCAAAAUAUCCUUGGCAGGACUUGGUAGAAACCGGGAAAGUUUCUCAGGAGACACCAGGUAAUUGCUCCUUCCCAGGUGAAAUAACUGGGGGCAGAUUCUGGCUGUGUGGGAAGCACUACUGAAGUCCAGCAACGCAUGCCAGGGGAAACUCUGCUUUCUGCCUCAGUCUAGUUCUAAACUUCAAAUUGCUGAGAAAAGUGACAGGACACAGACCCCUAGGAUCAUUGCGCUGAGUAGCAGAGACACUGUGAGUACAAUAUAACUGAAGUACUCGGUUUUGAUCUUAAAUGAUGCAUGGGCAUAACUUCACUGGUGCCCAUCGGGGACCAGGUUUUAUUGACGCCUGUUUGUGCCUGGUCCCUGGAGAAGAAAUUACAAGGAAAGAGUAUCUGGAAAAUGGAAAAAUGAUAGGAAACAGAUACGUGUUUGCUUCGUUGUCAAAAUCUCCGUGAUGGGUUUCAAUACACCGGGCUCUUGUGUCCCCGCUGUGCCGCUGCUCUCUGGGCCCCUUUCGUGUCACGUCCCCGUCGCCGUGUCCCCGUCACAAGCCUGUGCUGACUGAGCCGGCCCCGUCGGCACCGCACGUCCCCGCGGCUCCUUCCAGGGACGUCCUCUGUAAAGCUAACCCCAUCCGCGCUGAACUCCCGCGGGAGACGGGAGCCCCUUUCCUCCCCGCGCCGCUCCGUCGGUGAUGUGCUGUCACCGGCUGGCCGGCACAGACCGGGCUGGGGAUGGGGAGCUGUGUCCGGGGGUGCGGCGGGGUUACCCGCCAACGCCGCCCUGCAGUGCCGGUGCCGUCGGCAGCCGUCGGUGUCGAACGAGUCCUGUGCUGUUGCGGGGCGGCUCGCCGGGGCCGGCAGGUGAACCGGCAGCCGCCAGCCCUGCCGCCUGCCUCGCGCAGCCAGAGCCGAGCUAGCGAUGCUCGGCACGAUGCUCGGCGCGAUGCGCGCGCCGAGGACGCCGGGGCUGGUGCGAAGGGUUGCUCUCUGCGAAAGGGCUGGUUCCUGUGAAAAACGCGUGGCUUUGAAAUUCUCUGAACCGCUCCUCUCCUGUUAUUCCCUCUGUUGCGUUAGAGCCCGAGGCAGCUCCAGAUGUGAGCAAAACUUGCAGUGAAGUCGUGAAAUACUCCUGGUACCAAACCCCAUCGUGCAGAGCUUGAAAGAAGUCGGUAGCAGCUCUGAGUUACAUCUCCACUACAACCAGAAUACAAUAAUUCUCUGUAUAUAAGUAUUUAAAUACAUGUAUUUUUUUGUAUGACAGAUUUAUACAGGGUGUGCCAUUAUUCGCUGUGAAAAGUCUACAUCGCCUAUAAAUUAUUCUCUUUAAAUUCCUUGCCAUAAGGUUGUUUUCUUAUCUCUGUUGUAUUAUGAAGUUUUGCAAAGUUGCAUAUUUUUUAAGUGUUUCCAUUGAAUUCCACAGACUUCACUGGGAAUUUUGCGUAGAAUACAAAUGCCAGAUCAGGUCCUGAUGUUUCUUCUGUUGCCAAUUCUUUAUUACUCUACACCUUGCCAAAAAGAGAGUAAGAGUAAUAGCAGCAAAAAGGCCAAUAAUACGAACUUGACAUUGGACAGUGCUGAAAUCCUGAUGCCUUGGUAGGGUAUUUUUUUAGGUUAUUUCAGUGGAAAUAUAUGUAAAGUAUAUCUUUGUAUUUUAUGUUAAUACAUUUCUGUAAUUUUAUUGCAUGAAAAUUUUACCAUGUCACAGAAUAUUUAAGUUAUGACAAGUUUGUGUUUUUGCAGAUACUGCGAGAAGCCAUUGCAUAUGUGGAGUAAUAAAUGUGUAUUUUUAACAUUGCCAAGUA